AUGGCCGACGUCCGAGCCCUCCUUGCUGCAGAGCGGCAGGCUCGCCGAAUCACGCACCCUCACCUCACCUACACUAAAUCAGGUAUGCUGAUCUGUACUGUCUGCAACCUGAACGUCAAAUCCGAGGCCCUCUGGGAAGGCCACCUCAAGAGCGCAAACCACCGACGGAACGCCGCUCAGGCCGCUGCACAGGAGAACGCCAAUGUAAACAUCGGGACAAACGCAGGCAAGGGAGUCAAGAGAAAGAUUGAAGAUGUCGAAGACGACGACGACGAUGCACCACGAGAACGAGAUCUAGCGGAGAUCGACGCGAGAAAAAAGCCGAAGUCACGGCCAGAGAGCAUUAAUGUGGUGGGGGACAAAGGAGAGGGCAGUAUACACGCACAAGUGCUGCCUCCGCAGAAUGAAGAUCACGACGGGGCGGCAAAACAGUCGACACCAAUUGCGUCAGCAACGGAGAGUGCACCUCCGACAAACGGCUCUACACAACCACCUGCAGUGGAUGAAGACGAGUGGGCGGCCUUUGAGCGUGAGGUUGCACCACUGGCCACAGCGCAGCCGGACUACGCCUCGGCCGCAACGAUUGUCGCAGCACCCGUCACAACAGCCCAGCUCCAAGCCCAGGAAGAAGAAGACAAACGGCGGAAGUUGGAGACAGAAGCAGAUGACGAGAAGGAAGAUGAAGAGAGAAGGAUCGAAGAGGAAUUCGAUGUGAUGGAGGAAAUGGAGGAACGAGUGCGAAAACUUCGAGAAAAGAGGGACGCACUGAGAAGCGGCAUAAAGGCAGGAACGGAUAUGGGGCAGGACAUUAAAUCGAUAUCUGCUGAUACUGCUGGGCAGGAUGCAGCGGACAGCCGUGCUGGAACACUACACGGCACGGGCGAAGAAGAGGAUGAGAAGGAGGAGGAGGAAGAGGAAGAAGACGAGUGGUAUUCGUGA